ACAUCACCUCCACCGCCGAACGUUCGCGUUCGGUUCGUCUCGUAGACAAUUGUCUCGUCAGAGUAAACGAGAACGAUUGAAAAAUGGUGGUACUUAGCAGCUUGCUGCCACCGCAGGAAGGAAUACGCCAUGAGGAGCCAAAUACUACAGUAUAUAUCAAUGAUAGAGAAGUAGGAAAGGGCACGUUCUACGUUACAGAGAGCGUGCUCUCCUGGGUGGACAACGAUACACAACAAGGAUUUUCACUUGAAUAUCCUCACAUUUCAUUACACGCUAUUUCACGAGAUGAACAAGUCCAUCCAAGACAAUGUUUAUACAUUAUGGUCGAUGCCAAAGUAGAUUUACCAGAUAUGCCAUUACCGUUAGCAUCUGAAAAUGGUUCAGAAAACGAUGAUGACAAUGCGGAUCCUCCAAUUACGGAAAUGCAGUUUGCGCCAGAUAAUACAAAUAAUUUAGAUUUAAUGUUUCAAGCAAUGAGUGCGUGCCAAGCGCUUCAUCCUGAUCCACAGGACAGUUUUUCUGACGAGGAUAUCUAUGAAGACGCCGAAGAAGAUUACGAAGGUGAAUAUGACGAAGAAGUGGGCGCUGGGGAUGCGCCUUGUAUUUUACCGACAGAGCAAAUGGGGACCACUCACACAGGAGCAGAGGCAGAAGAAGCUAUGGACAUCGAAGCGGGUCAAUUUGAAGACGCGGAAGAAGAUCCGUAAGAGGCGAUGAUUAGGUGCAGAUGUGUGCAUUUAGUGUUAAUUUACAUGUUUAUCAAUUUCAUAUAUGUAUUUCGGUAGAUAUACGUGACGUCGUUAAUGCAAAACUUACUACGGAGCCGUAUCAAACGUUAAAGCACCUAAUACAUUUAUUUAUAUUCAUUUUGUACAUGGCGAUAAUUUCCUA